CAUGGCGACGGGCAGCAGCAUCAGUAACAACAACAAGAACACCAACAAGAAGAAGGAGGAGGAGGAGAAGAAGGAGGAUGAACAUCUGCGGCUGCUGCGGGAGAUGUCGUCCCUGUUGCACAACCGGCGGUGUUUCGAGUGCGCCCAGCGGGGCCCCACGUACGUGGACGUGAGCCUCGGCACGUUCGUGUGCACGGCGUGCAGCGGGCUGCUCCGCGGAUUAAACCCGCCGCAUCGCGUCAAGUCCAUCACGAUGACGACGUUCACCGACCAGGAGCUGGAUUUCCUUCACAAGCACGGCAACGAGGUGUGCAGGAUCAUCUGGCUGGGUCUGUACGACGAGCGGUCGUCUCUUGCGCCCGACUUCAAGGACCCGCAGAAAGCCAAGGAGUUCCUGCAGGAAAAAUACGAGAAGAAGAAGUGGUUCGUGGCGCCCGAGCAGGCGCGCACCGUGGCGGCGCUGCACGCGUCGCUCUCGGGCUCUUCCGCCAGCAGCGGCAGCAGCACCCCCGAGGUGCGGCCGCUCCGAUGCGCGGGGCCCGCCGGGUCAAGCACGCCGACACUCGACGGGCUGCGGCACACGCCCACGCAGUCUCCCGUAGUGAGCCGCCCGCAGGCUCUCCCACCCGCUCACUCCCGUCGACCGGCCCCGUUUGAGCUGACGGAGGACCUGCCAGGGGAUCCGUUCGGCACCUCGACUCAACCACCGCCACCGCCACCACCGCCGCCGGGCAGCGCCUUUCCCGGCUUCCCCUCCGUGGCUGCCGGCUCCGGAGGCUCGAACUUUGCAAACUUCGAUUCGUUCGGAGGGUCAGGUUCUUCGGGCAGCUACGCACCUUUUCCCAAAAGCGGACACCCGGUCCGGGCUCAGAGCACAGCCUCCAGGCCAGUCCCCUCCAGCGCAAGUUUCGCCGAUCUCUCGGGCCCAUUCCAUUUGCCGAGAGCCCACGGGGGAGCGACCUCCGGCUCGGCGUUCGCCAACUUCGCCGACUUCGACAACUUCCCCAAGUCGUCGAGCGCCGACUUCGGCUCGGCGCUGGGCGGCGGCGGCGGCGGUGGCGCCGCGGCGCGACCCGGAACCGGAGGGGAGGUGCCGCCCGCGGACAAGUACGCGGCCCUCGCCGACCUCGACAGCAUGUUCAGCGCCGGCAAGCAGCCGUCCCCCGCCGCCGUGGGCGGUCACGUGACCACGUACGUCCUGUCGGGGCCGGCGGACCAGCGGUUCGUGGAUCAGCGCGGGGCGUACGCGCCUCACGGCAGCCCCGUCACCGCGAACGCCACCGCCUCCUCCGCUCCUCCGGGCUGCGCGUACGGCGCGGGAGUCGCAGCGCUGGGGCCCGUGCCAGCGCAAGGGGUCGCCGGAUUCGCAGCCGGCAGCAGCAACCCGUUCCUUCCGGCGGCACCGGCGGCAGCGAUAGUGGGCAGCAGCAACCCGUUUCAAACGCAGGCCAACGGCUUUGCGUACGGCGGAGUGCCGGCUGCCGCGCCGACCGCCGCCGCCGCCACACCAGCUGUGGUGCCGGCCGGAUUCGGCGUUCCCGUCGGCUACGGCGGCGCGGGAAGCGGCGGGCAGGCUGCCCACGGCGGCGUGCAGUACUCCCAGCAUGCAGCGCUGUACGUGCAGCCGGCGGCCUACGGGGGACAGCACGGUGAGUCUGCGUACGCCGCUGUUUACGCGCAGCCCAAGGUGAUGGCCGCGCAGUUUGGCCAAAGCACUCGGAUAUUGCCGACGAACCCCUUCUUGAGUGGAGCGACCUCAGGGACGUUUCCAAGCACCAGUGUCUCCAACAAUCCCUUCCUGUAACCCCCGACUUUGCCUUCCACCCUCAAACCCACCCACCCACUCGCUCGCCCCCUCGCCCCACAAAUCCACUCACCGGCAUACUCACUCGCCACUUGCUAACCUACUCGCUCGCCCUCUCAUCCGCCUGCUCACCAACCAAUCUACCCACCCACAUACUCAUUUGCACAUCCACAUACCCGCCCGCCCGCUCGCUCGCACACCCCGUAUAAUCGCCUCCUACCCACUUGCAGACAUGAUCACGCAUCCACACAUAACAACAAGAACUGUCGUUCACCACUAAGUGGCGGUGAUGUCACCACGGCAAUUGUGUCACGAUAGGUGCACUUUUAGGCGACGGGAAAUCUCGAAGGCCCGCUGGCAGGUCACGGAACAUACCUCAGGUGCCACGGGGUGACUGAGAUGCACCAACGAAGACAAAGAUCCCCCGUAUAGCCUGAACAGACUGUUGGGGCAAGUGCUGUUAGCGAGCACCUAUGAAGACCGGCACAGCACACGAGAGAGAGGGUGGCCAACACCACGCCCGACCGCCUUUGUCUCCCUGGUGACGAUGUUUACACAGGUACUCAUUUGAAGCUGAGUCGACCUAGAGGAAGCCCAGGACUGGUUCAGAUAAUCGUCACCGGUGUUGGCCGUGAGCGGAAAUCGAACUUUGGUUCGCCGGAUUCGUAGCGCAGCAGCGCGCUAACCUCUGCACCACCGCUCCCCGAGAUGCACCAACACGCACGCACACACGCAUUCACGCAGCUGCCAACGCAGCUGCCCUGCACACACACUCAAACGCUGCCCCGUGUAGUUUUGAAUCUCAACUGCGCGGGGCAGUGUCCACCUGCGCUCGUGCUGCACACGAAAGGGGCCGUGAGCGCGCGUGCAGGACACACAUGCGUCUGCAAUUCGGCGUUAAGCAGUAUUUAACUAAAGACUAAUUGUGCAAUCGACUGAAGCUUGGUCGUGAACGAUAGUGAUUUCACUCCUCAGCUGCCGGCUCUGGUUUAUACGUUUGUAUCUUUCAUCGUGCGGUACGUACUUACCAAAAAGUGUUGUUUACUUGGCGUCUGUAGCAUUAAUCGUUGUUUUUCUAUACGAUCUGUCGGAAUGGGCCGACACUCCACGAGUCAGACUGAGAGGGCCUCUGUCGUGGGGAGCCUCUCGGCAUCGGAUGGAACGCCGCAAAACACUUGUUGUCACGUGGGCGGCGUAUUGUCGAUGACACGUCCACUACCGACUGUAUCCUCGGCCACUGAAAUGCAAGUCGGGUGUUGUGACCGAAACGCUGACAAAUGGCCACGGCUCUGUUAUUAUCCACCCGGUAUGAUUACGAUUAUGUUUGAUCAUCCACUCGGUCCACCUGUUUACCGUACUCGUGCACAUACACAGUACGUUAUGUGUUACACAAGAGAUAUCGUCACAAUUGUACGUUUGCCUUGCGGGUAAAUUAUUUGAAUUCUUUGUCACCUAGCCACCUGGCCUGCACCUGUCAUUGCAAAACGUCGUGGUAUUUGUGUACAAACCCUUUCCUCCCCCCCCGCCCCACACUUCCAAUGCACUAUCUAUUCUUGUCACGACGACCGUACGAAGCAAACUGGAAGCAACGUAAAUCUGUUUUUUUUUACGAGAAGGAUGUUUAAUAUAUUUUUUAUGGACAGAAGAUGAGUAUGCCUUUUGGCGCCCUCUGGUCUAACGCCGUUUUGAGACUAGGCUCAAAAGAAAGUUGUCUCAGGUGUGGACCAAUCAGUUUCAAAGACAAUGCAUUUAUUAUCAGUGUGUUUUUGUUUGCAUACUGACGACAAGUCUUGUGGUUAAUGCAGACAUGAUUCCUUGUAAAAAGGUUUCAGUUUGGUGUUUUAACAUCUCAACCCCUGUUUUGUUGCCAGAAAAAAGGGGAAAACCUAUUCUCAUAAGAUGGGUAAUAUCGACUGUAUUAUGGAUAGCAGGUACAAAUAUACAAUGUAUGAGAUUAAUGAGAGAAAGACAAGUUAGAUAUCUUGAACGAGACUGAAUAUCAAUGAGUUGACUGGGACAAUUAGGGAUACAAGAAGCCGGGGAAGAUAACAAAUUAAGCACGGUGGCUAGGAGAUGUUAACUCCCUCGCCUGGUAUGCAGGAGGUCGUGGGUUCCAUCCCGACCCUGACGCCUACUGUAUAUUUGGAGUUUGCAUGUCUCUCUCUUUCAUUAUCAUCACGGUGGCUAGGAGAUGUUGACUCCCUCGCCUGGUAUGCAGGAGGUCGUGGGUUCCAUCCCGACCCUGACACCUGCUGUAUAUUUGGAGUUUGCGUGUCUCUCUCUUUCAUUAUCAUCACGGUGGCUAGGAGAUGUUAACUCCCUCGCCUGGUAUGCAGGAGGUCGUGGGUUACAUACUGACCCUGACGCCUGCUGUAUAUUUGGAGUUUGCGUGUCUCUUUCAUUAUCAUCACGGUGGCUAGGAGAUGUUAACGCCCUCGCCUGGUAUGCAGGAGGUUGUGGGUUUCAUCCUGACCCUGAUGCCUGCUGCUGUAUAUUUGGAGUUUGCGUGUCUCUCUCUCUCCCCGUGGUCACGUGGAUUUUUCUCCAGGUCCUCCGGUUUUAAUCCCACCACAUUUACAAUGAACGUGUGUUUAAAGAGUAUUUGGCUGCUGUACAUCUCCGCGUGAUAAGCCACUUGGGUGAGCCAUCGUGUGUGGCCAGGUCGCUUCUGAAAAAGAGUUAUACGGCUCAGUGGGCCUUACCUGGUAAAAUACAAAAUGGUUUAGUUUUACAUAAGCAAUUUUAACAAUUUCAUGCAAUUUGGAGUAUUCAAAGUUCUUGAGCAUUAUCAUGGACAGAGCUAAUCUUUGAAAAGGACAUGGUAAUAUUUUUUUAUUUAAAGCUUUCGUGACUGCAGGGAUUCAUAUUCUUGUUUUUUUCGGUAAAGUUACGUAGAAGGGAAAUAAUAAAAUAAUAUACAUAUAAUUACAUGGUCAUAGGCAUCAAAAUUACAUAUUUAUGUUACACACUUGCGCAUUUUGAUUUGUUCAGGGUGCCGUUUGGAGGAUACUCGUCUGGCGCGUGGCACUAAAACACUUACGUACACAGGAAAAUAUGUUGCCAUCGUUUAAACCGUGCAGCCCAAACGGCCGUCGUUAUAAUUCUUUCCUCGCGGAUAAUUCUUUACGAGCAUCCCAUAUGAAGCGUUGGGAAAGCUUAUUCCUGCAUUUGUCAUUGCCGAUUGCACACGGCUGCCACACAGCCCCCCAGACACUGUUUAUGAUGAUCUGUCUGCUUCGUCGAGAGGACGAUAGCAGGUGUUUGCGUAUUCCCCGUCGGGCAUUUAAACCCCUGUAGUAGAGCACCAUGCCUCGCUCACACGUGCGCGCAUGUACGGAGCGGUUAUCACCGAGGGAGAGAAAUCAUCCUUGAGAUUUCAGAGAUUUCUCACCCCACCCGCUCCCCAAAAGGUAACAACGGCCUGCUUUUUUGUUGUUGUCCGUAACUCGUUAUUGACCUUACCUUAUGCGAGUGACCCUUGACCUUUCUGGGAUCCACGGGCUUCUAUCCGCCCUAAAAAAAAAGAAAUGCGCGGGCCACCGUAAACCAAUAUCGUGGAAAGGCCACGUGGCUUGCUUUUUAUUUAUUUAUUGACACGCACUCGUGAGAUGGGGAAGUAAAAAAAAAGCGCCGCGAUUCUUGACGCAAAUCGUAGUGUCUGAAACAAUUCCGUGAACCAUUGCUCCCCCCCCCC